AUCGGUUGCUCCCCGCAAACCUCCACCGAGCUCCAAUGAAUGAUGCCCCUCCGGAUCGACACCCCAGGUGCGGGGCGGCGUCUCAAUUGCUGGCAUCGAGGAGGCGGCUCACGAGGAUUAAGUAUACCCAUAACUACUAUCCGGACCUGUUUCCUGCAUAAACUCUCAGAAGGCAUCCUUCUGCCGUGCAGCACACAUUUAUUUCAUUCUUGACAGGAGGAGCUCUCUCAAUAGCACAAAAUCUACAAUGACCAAGAAGGAACACCCCGAAGAACUCGACAAGAGUUCGGCAGUCCAUGAUGAACAUGCCGACAUCAAUGCGCUUGCUCUUCUAUCCUCGGAUGUGAAGUAUGACGCUGGAAAGCUCAGGGACCUUAUCCACAAUCCCUACGCCUUCGGUGCUGCCCUCUUGGCAUCGUUCGGUGGUUUUUCAUUUGGCUACGGUAGGUCCUUUGGGGUCAUAUCGAUCAUUCUCGUCAUGUCCCAAUUCCGACAGCAAUUCCCCGAAACGUCCCCCGAUCAUGCACACGACAGUUUCAAUGUGGGACUUAUGACUGGGAUGCUGGAAUUGGGGGCUUUCAUCGGUUGCCUGUCCUUUCCUGCCGUCGCCGAUCGGAUAUCUCGAAAAUGGGGAUUGACCGUAGCCACAUUCCUUUUCGUGAUAGGUGCCACCAUUCAAACAGCCGCGCAAGAUUAUGCUACAAUCGUGGCCGGUAGAUUUAUUGGGGGGAUCGGCGUCGGCACCCUGGCAAUGGGCGCCCCGUUGUAUAUAUCCGAAAUCUCUCAGCUGUUUGGCGAAAUUGCGCAAACGGUCGCCGCAAGACGAGAAGGUGCAACUGGAAUAGAAAGGAAUCUUUGGGUCGAUCUCUUUCGGCCAAAAUACCUCAGGAAGACUGUUGUUGCCUUGGCCAUUCCAUUCUUCCAGCAGUUUUCGGGGAUCAACGCUUUUGUGUAUUAUGCGCCCACAUUCUUCGAAGCCCUGGGACAAAGCGACAAUAAUUCACUGAUUCUCUCAGGAAUGGUCAAUGUCUGUCAAUUCGUCGGAGGCGUUCCGAUGAUGCUGUAUCUGGAUGAAGUGGGGCGGCGUAAACUGGCCAUCUACGGUGGAAUAGCCAUGGCAAUCCCGCAUCUCGUAAUGGCGGGGUUAAUGAACCGAUUCAGUAGCGACUGGGCUUCACAUCAGGCAGUUGGGUGGUUCUGUGUGGCCCUGAUUUACCUAUAUGUGCUCUCCUACAGCAUCUCGUACGGUCCAUUGGCAUGGGUCCUUCCUGCGGAGGUGUUUCCUAGCUCCAAACGUGCCAAGGGGGUUGGUGCCGCUACGGGGAUGAUUUGGUUGGCCAACUUCAUUAUCGGGGUUGUCGUGCCGGAGAUGCUCCUUAAGCUCGGAUGGGGGACGUACCUCUUCUUUGGAAUUUUCUGUGUGGCUGCCGCCGUAUUUUCAUUCUUCUUGGUUCCAGAGACAUCGAACAAGUCGUUAGAGCAAGUUGCCGCGGUAUUCGGUGACGAACUCAUUGAUGAGGAGCGGAACCUGCAAAGCCGCAUUGCCGGCGGUGUGUGGCAUGGCUAUGGCAGUCAUGCGGAGAAGGAAGCGCGGGUGUGAGUGAGUGGGGUUACCUCGCUGGAUGGUGGUCGGGGCCAAUGUUUGCGAGAGCGAGUCGUCCCAGCGAACGGGGCACCCCCUUUAAAAUCCGCGGAUAUUGUCCAUUGUAGUCCUAUCCCCACCUUUUGAUCAUAAGAGCACAAUGGCAUCGUUAAGAGGUGAGAGAAGCACUAAGAAGGGGUGAUAUCACCGCGUGCAUCCGACCAGGUUUUCCUAUCCCUGCAAAUUGUGGAGAGGGACAAGGGGGGAUAGAAAACAUGGAGACCCACUGCUUAUGGAGGCAUGAGUAACAUCCCAUCAUGCCGUUCCCCGCAUCUCCGCAAUAAUAUGUUUUCCAUCCGGGU